CCGAAAGCAGCUCAUAUCGGGGGUCGGUUCUCUCUCCGAGUUCCGCGCUUCUUUCGGUCAGUUUUCUCCCGUGAGUUGUACGCGCGCGCGCUCCUCUCGUGAGGACCGGCUUCCGUGUCGUACAGCCUUUAGGCCCUACAGGUCUCAAGGAACAAGAAUCGACGUAGUGUUGGGAUAAAAACGACUCUCUCCGCAUCCUGGAUUCCCGCAGGACGGGGGAGCCGCGUUGUUCACCAUGCACCAUCGACUGUCAAGGUCGCUGGGGCUCCUAAUAUUUAUUAUAGCUGCACAUGUGCACGAUACUUUCGCGAAACAUCAUCAUAUAAAAUUAAGGCACGGAAGGCACCGUCGACAACACGGCGAGAGUUAUCUGCCCAGCAGCUUCGUGCUGGACACGGACGAGCCCGAGGGGGGCAACUGGGGACCAUGGUCGUCGCCCAGCUCCUGUUCGCGCUCCUGCGGCGGCGGAGUUGCCCAUCAGACCAGACAGUGUCUCGACAUAGAUGACAACGGUCAUAGCAGAUGCACUGGUGCCUCUAGGAGAUUCUUCUCGUGCAACGUCCAAGAAUGCCCUGGCGAGCCGAAGGAUUUCCGAGCGGAGCAGUGCGCGGAAUUCAACAGCGUACCCUUCGAGGGAGUGUAUUACAAUUGGAUUCCGUACACCGGCAGUCCGAAUAAGUGCGAACUGAAUUGCAUGCCGCGCGGCGAGCGAUUUUUCUACAGGCACAAAGUUGCCGUGGUUGACGGCACGCCCUGCGAAUCCGAAAAGAACGAUGUCUGUGUGAAGGGUACAUGUAUGCAUGUCGGAUGCGAUAUGAUGCUGGGUAGCGAUGCCAAAGAAGACGCGUGUAGAGAAUGCGGCGGUGACGGCUCAGAUUGCAAUACCGUUACCGGCUUAUUCAACACAGACGACCUCCAAGUGGGUUAUAUCGAUAUCUUGCUCAUCCCCGAAGGCGCAACGAACAUCGCAAUAAGGGAAGUGCGGCCCUCCAAUAAUUAUCUCGCCAUACGCAACACAACGGGAUACUACUAUCUGAACGGAAACUGGAGAAUAGAUUUUCCCCGCAGUCUGCGCUUCUCCGGCACAACCUUCCAUUACGCCAGAGAUCCUCAAGGAUUCGCGGCACCUGACACCAUCACGGCUUUGGGACCAACAAACGAGCCGAUUUACGUUGUGUUGCUGUACCAAGAUCGUAACGUGGGUGUGCAUUAUGAGUACAGCAUACCAAAAAAAUUCUCAUCGCGCACGGAUCCGGACAGCUACACGUGGGUAACCGACGAAUUCUCCAGUUGCAGCGCCAGUUGCGGUGGAGGCUACCAAUCAAGACGGGUGGCUUGCGUGCGGAGGCGCGACAAUCAGCCGGUGGAUGAAGGCUUGUGCGAUCCGCAGCUGGAACCAGCUGAUACGCAAGGCUGCAGCGAGGAAGCAUGUCCGUCUACGUGGGUGGAGGGCCCAUGGUCUCCUUGCACAAAACAGUGUGGGGAGGAGGGCGAGCAGACCAGGGAGAUCAAAUGCGAACAGGUCGUCUCGGGUGGAGUCGCUUCCGUGGUGGAUGAUUCUCAAUGCCUGGAGAAGGUGGGGCCGAAAGGGUCCACCAAGCAGGAAUGCAACAGAGACGUGGAUUGCCCACAGUGGCAUGAGGGACCGUGGAAGCCUUGCGAUCAUAUAUGUGGACCCGGUAAGCAAACCAGAGUAGUUACGUGCUACAGGAAAGUUGACGGCAAGAUCCAAGUGCUGGAGGAUGGGGCAUGCGAAACAGCGGCGCCAGAACGCGAGAAAGAUUGCGAACUGAGACCUUGCGCCGGUCUCGAUUGGAUCACUUCGGAAUGGAGCGGAUGCGAGGAGAAAUGCGAUCUCACGAAAGAAACAAGAACAGCGCAGUGUGCUACGCAGGAUGGUACGGUUUAUCUGGAAGACAUGUGCGAUGCGGGUAAGAAGCCACAGAUGGAAAGGGAAUGUGAGAAAUCCAAGGAUUGCGACUUCCAGUGGUUUGCUUCGCAAUGGAGCGAGUGUUCAGCAAUAUGCGGGUCUGGCGUCCAGACGCGCAAGGUAUUCUGCGGUACUUUCAGCGAUGAUACUGUGAAGAAAGUUACGGACGAUAACUGCGAUCCUGAAAAGAAGUUCGAAGAUAGUCAAAACUGCACCGCUAAGGAAGAGUGCAAAGGCGAAUGGUUCGCAGGACCUUGGAGCAAGUGUUCGCAGCCAUGCGACGGCGGCGACAUGACCCGUAAGGUGAUUUGCAUGAAGGAUAACAAGACGGUAUCUGUAAGCCAGUGUGACGCCGAUACCAUCAUGUUCUCCACCGAAAAAUGUAAUGAUGAACCUUGCGAAGAAGGCCAGACACCGGCGGCUGAAGAACCGACAGAUACAACAGUACCAGGAGAGGAAGAAGAAUGCGAGGAGGAAGAGGAAGAGGAGGAAGAAGGCGCCGUUGCUGCAGGGGAACCGACAAUAGGCAAACUAGUAGAACAAACGGAAGCAACGCCUUUGACGUCGCCGUUCAGUGACAUUUAUGACAUGAUGUUCAGCGAUUCGACGAGAGGCGACAUAUCGCCUACUGAUCUGGGUAGCGGUGAGGGCAGCGGCGAUGAAGAUUUUACCCUAUUCAAUACUGGCUUCUUCACUGGCGGUACCAGUGAUGCCCACUCCACAACCGUCGAAGAGAGUGCGAGUCCGUUUAGCGGAGUUACAACGGAAGGCAAAAGCGGUACGACAGAGUUCGGCACAGAGGUGACUGAGUCCUCGGAUAUCACCGAAGAGACCGACAUGACGAUUGAAGGAUCGGGGACUACCAUCGACGAAGAAUUUAGCACAAGUCCCGAGGAAGGAUCCGGUGCGAGUGCAUCCACGGAAGCGACCACGGAAUCCGGCAGUACUGAAUCAGAAACGACAAAACAGUCGACGGAUUCUUCCGAUACCGCUGCCAGCGAAACCACCGAAUCAACUGCCAGUAAAAAUUCGAUAUCGACGACAACCGGAUCCAGCGACGCUACGACUCGAUCGAGCGACAUGACGACGGAUCCAAGCGACGAGACGACCGAUCCGACCGAAACGACUGACGACGUUACUACCGGUUCUGCGGAAACGACAAUGUCUUCCAUGUCCGUAUCGACGGAAUCUACCGAAACGGAGACUACGGAUACCACCAACACGGUGACAACAGAUACGACGGAGACUCAGACUACCGAUCCCACAGAAUCCACGGGGACAACUGAAUCCACGGAAUCUCCGCCGAGUACAUCUUCUUCGGAGACGGAGACCACAGUUACGGAAACAACAGAGACGACUGGAAGCGAUGAAACCACUGAAUCUAGCGAUACGUCCGAGACAACUAUGGUGAUGUCGACCACAAUGGUCUCGCAGAUGACCAAUUUGGAAGUACUCGAACCCAAUGCCGAAACUGGUUCGGAGGAAAAAAUUAUCGUCGAUGACUCGAACGAAAGUACACUAAUUAUUAGCACAGAAACGAGCUCAACGAGUGAGACUGAAAUCAGCAGCAGUGAAAUAUCUGAGACAACCGAAACGGGUCGGACCACAGAAUCAGAAGAGACAACUGAGUCCGGAUUGACCACUGAAUCGGUCAAAAUGACGGAAUCGGGUGCGACAACUGAAUUCGGGGAAACUACCGAGUCAGGACAGACGACCGAAUCCGGCGAAACUACCCUGGCAGUCUCUACGGAAUCCGGAGAAACCACCGAGUCGGGUGCAACAACUCUGUCGGGCGAAACGACCGAAUCGUCCGCCACGACGUCUUCCCUCGAAGAGACGACGGUGUCCGGCGAGACUACCGUGACGGAAGUUACAUCUUCUACUGUCAGCGGAGAAACCGAUCUCACAGAAAAGACUCACAUCUCGGAGAUCUGGACGACCAGUUUCCCGGAGCUGACAACGCAGAAGCGACAAUGCAAACCGAGGAAAAGCUGCAAAAAGACGCCAUUUGGAUGCUGCUACGACGGCAUCACUGCCGCUCAGGGACCGUUCGGUCAAGGGUGCCCAACGCCGCAAACGUGCAACGAGACGCGCUACGGAUGCUGCCCUGACGGUGUGUCACCGGCCACUGGAAAGAAGAACAAGGGUUGUCCCGACUCUCACUGUAACGAGUCGCUCUUCGGCUGCUGUCCCGACGGUGUCACUACAGCGCAAGGCAAUGAUUACGAGGGAUGCAAGAAACCAUGCGUCGACACCGAAUUCGGAUGCUGCCCUGACAAUGAGACUACGGCUAGCGGAAAGAAUUAUCUGGGAUGUUGUAAUGUUACCGAAUUCGGUUGCUGUCCAGACGGUAUUAAAAUCGCUCCUGGUCCCGAUGGCGAAGGUUGCGAGGAAGAAGCCACUUCCGUAACGUCAGAGUACGAAACAACGACGCAACCAAUUUCACACGAAGACUGCGCGAACACCACGUACGGCUGCUGCCCUGACGGCGUUACCAUUGCGAACGGCACGAACUUCGCGGGUUGCGGCGUUAUUAAUACCGAAAAUUGCACCGCGUCUUACUUUGGAUGCUGUCCCGACGAGGUUUCCGCAGCUCUCGGACCGGACAACUACGGCUGCCGCAUGCCUUGCCACGACAGUGCUUAUGGAUGCUGCGAAGAUGGAGUGACGCCGACACACGGGCCGAACAACGAGGGCUGCUGCCUAGCGACCCCGUACAAAUGCUGCCCGGAUAACAUCCUGCCAGCGCGUGGACCAAACUUCUACGGCUGCGGCUGCCAAUACACGAGAUUUGGCUGUUGCCCGGAUAAUUCGACAGCGGCACGCGGUCGGAACAACGAGGGCUGCGGCUGUAAAUACACUCCUCACGGUUGCUGUCCGAACCGGUUCACGCCUGCCACCGGACCCAAUUUCGAGGGAUGCCCGUGUUACACUUAUCAAUUCGGAUGCUGCCCCGACGGUGUCACCAUUGCCAAGGGUUCCCGUGGUCAAGGCUGCGGAUGUGAGAACACGAAAUACAAGUGCUGCUCGGACGGCAGGACACCUGCUAAAGGGCCGAACUUCGCUGGAUGCACCUGCGACGCAUCACAAUUCGGAUGUUGUCCGGAUGGAAUCGAGGAAGCUCAAGGCGAGAACUUCGAGGGUUGUCUGACGAUGCCGAUGAUGCCGGGUGCGGCGUGUGGCUUGAAGAAGGACAGAGGUUCCUGCCGGGACUUCACCGUCAAGUGGUUCUACGAUACCGAUUAUGGUGGCUGCUCGAGAUUCUGGUACGGAGGCUGCGAGGGUAACGAAAAUCGAUUUAAAACACAGGAAGAGUGCAAAGAAGUUUGCGUUCAGCCGAAAGGAAAAGCUGCUUGCUUCUUGCCGAAAAUCGCUGGUCCUUGCGAAGGAUAUCACCCGAAGUGGUAUUAUGAUGCCGACAGGAAGCAGUGCGGUCAAUUUAUUUACGGCGGUUGCCUCGGUAAUGCUAAUAAGUUCGAAACUAGGGAAGAGUGCGCAGAACUUUGCGUCACGCCAGAUGAUAUCGAUUCCUGCGAUCAGCCGAAGGAACAAGGUCCUUGCGCAGGCAAUUUCACAAGGUGGUACUUCAAUAAAGAAGCGCAGACUUGCGAACAGUUCAUUUACGGCGGUUGCAAAGCGAACGACAACAACUUCCCAACGGAAAUCGCUUGUCAUCAGCAGUGCUUACAACCAGGUCGGAGAAAAGAUAGUUGUACGUUGCCGCGGGCGGAGGGCACAUGCACGGAGAAGCAAUCUCGAUGGUACUUUGAUCAAUCGGAGAAUCGUUGCAUGCCAUUCUAUUAUACUGGCUGUGGUGGCAAUAAAAAUAACUUUGAAUCUAGAGACGCAUGCGAGUCUGAUUGUCCGCCUAAAAUCGAACAAGACAUUUGUCUGCUGCCGGCUCUCAUGGGAGACUGCCAUAAUUACACUCAACGAUGGUAUUAUGACUCCUACGAGCAGCAAUGCCGAAAGUUCUAUUACGGUGGAUGCGGCGCAAAUGAGAAUAACUUCCUGACCCAGCAGGACUGCGUCAACAGGUGCGAAACGGCCGUCACCACGCCGCCACCUUUGAGACACCUCGAGUUCCGAACUGAAUUCUGCUUCCUGCCUGAUGAACAUGGUCCCUGCUCUGAGAAUCAAAUCAAAUGGUUCUACGAUAGUCGCGACGGCGUGUGCAAGCAGUUCUAUUACGGUGGCUGUCAGAGUAACGGUAACAACUUUAAUCGUCGUGAGGAGUGCGAAUAUCGCUGCGGAGAAGUUCAAAAUCCUUGCACGCUACCAAAGGUGGUCGGUCCCUGCAGCGGCUCCUUGAAGCAAUUCUACUAUGACUAUCGCUCUGAUUCCUGCUUCGAGUUCGAUUACAGUGGCUGCGAGGGCAAUAAGAAUCGUUUCCAAGAUAGGGAAUCUUGUGAGAGGAAGUGCAAGCAGCAUCCACCUGCCGUUACACCACUGGUUACUCAAACGAUGAGAACUCCGUCGAUUGGAGAACCGAAGAGUCCCAUCUGCUUGGCGUCAGCUGAUUACGGUGAUUGCGACGGUUCUAUCACCGCAUAUUAUUACGACGUGGAACAUCAGAUGUGUCAGGCAUUCAUUUACGGUGGCUGCGGUGGCAAUGCCAACAGAUUCCAGACAGAGGAACAGUGCGAGCGACUCUGCGGAAGGUUCCAUGGACAAGACAUGUGCAAUCUUCCUAUGGAUUCUGGUCCGUGCAGAGGCGCUUUCCGCAAGUAUUACUACGAACCGAGCUCACGUGCCUGCCGUGAAUUUAUUUAUGGUGGAUGCGACGGCAAUGCGAACCGAUUCAGUACCGUCUCCGAAUGCGAGUCCAUUUGCGUACAUCAGGAGGAGCCUUUACCCGCCGGAAACGACACCAGCGCAUCGAAUCUGUCGAUCUGUAAAGAACCAGUUGAUAGUGGAUCCUGCACGUCCGGUGCCACGAAACGAUUCUACUUCGACGAGGAAUAUCAAAGCUGUCGGGCGUUUAUUUAUACCGGAUGCGGUGGCAAUCGCAAUAGAUUCAAGACUUUCGAAUCUUGUAUUAAUACUUGUCUUAGGACGAGCAACGAGAUAGAUGUGGACGCAACCGAUAAGAAAGAUCAAUGCGCAGAGGCUAAAGAGGAAUGUAAUAUCAUUCGUUGUCCAUAUGGCAAGGAACAAUACGUAGAUCCGCAGGACUGUGAACGUUGCCGUUGCGUUGAUCCCUGCAGGGCACAGAUCUGUCCUGAUGGUACUCGUUGCACCAUUACGCUAGUCGCUACGCAAGACGGUACAGAAUACAAGAGCGUUUGUCAAUCAAUCACCAAACCUGGUCAUUGUCCAAGAGUAUCCAACAGCACGAGGUGCGAGCAAGAAUGUGUCACAGACGCGGAUUGUCCCGGAGAAUCGAAAUGUUGCGACAGCGGUUGCGGUACGUCCUGCUUGGAACCCGCGCCGGAAGAACCUCCGGCAACGACACUGCGACCUGUUACACCACCGCAAUAUGGUGGCGAACCUGCGGCGAUUCAACAACCCGAAGAGCCUCGUGUUAGCGCGCAAGAGGGUGGAUAUGUCACUUUGAAAUGCGUCGCUCUGGGCACUCCCAGGCCAACCAUCACGUGGAGAAAGGAUACCACAUUGAUUGGACCUUCCGAGAAGAGGCGGCGCAUAUUGCUCGAUGGAUCUCUUCAGGUCAUCAAUUUGUACACUUACGACAGAGGAACUUACGUGUGCACCGCUGAUAACGGUUUAGGACCACCAGUAAGAGCGGAGUACCAAUUGGAUGUCACUGAACCGCGCGAGCUCGCCGUCGACAUCAUCGGAGAGCCCGACACUACUAUAACGGUGACGUUAAACUCGCCGAUAACCCUGCAUUGUUACGCUAUGGGGUGGCCAAGGCCGAUUGUUACUUGGUGGCGCGGCGACCGAAUGUUGCCCCUGCUCUCGGAAAAUUAUGAGCAGGACAAUGACUAUAGCCUCCUGAUACGCUCGGUAACUCUGACGAGUCUCGGUAUUUACACCUGUCAAGCGUUCAAUGGUAUCGGCAAUAGACCGGCCUCCUGGUCGGCGACCGUGCAGGCGAUCGGGCCCGUCUACAAUGUUAAGCCCGAGCAUGAGGAGUACACCAAGUACCUCGUUCAACCCCCGAGGAGACCCACUACCGAAAAACCACAAUAUCCUUAUCGACCCACCAGGACGCAAUCUCCUGAAAAUCAGACCUACGCCCCUCUUUACACGACAAAACCGCAUUACAUUCCACACGUUAUCCCUCUUGAACCAACUACUGCUGAACCCGGUGGCGCUAGGUUCAAAGUUCCGGUGAAAGUCAACGUAUCGGUAGAACAAACGCAAUUCCCUGAAGGCAGUGACAUAAGUAUCGGUUGCACAGUGGAUGGUUACCCGAUUCCGCGUGUGCUCUGGUAUAAGGACGACAAACUCAUUCAAACGGACAAUCGAAUCAAGAUUUCCGAACUCAAUCGGCUUAUCAUUAGUGAUGCGAAUCGAGAGGAUUCCGGCCGAUAUCGAUGCGAAGCAAGCAACGAGUACUCUACGGAUUCCAACAGCGUUGAUAUACGCGUAGCUGGCAUCUUCAUUCAUCCGCAUUGCCAGGACAACACGUUCUUCGCCAACUGCGAGCUCAUCGUGUCGGCCAAAUAUUGCACGCACAAGUACUACGCGAAAUUCUGCUGCCGAUCGUGCACGGAGGCCGGCCAGCUGCCGGCGAGAGGGCCCCACAUCGACAACACGAGAAGAAGAAGGAGAUCCAUUCUGCGAAUGCUCGUCUAAGAAAUCGCGAAAUCGACUCUUCGGUAUUUCCGACGCACGUGAUAGCACAUAUCGAUUCUGAAUUGUGGCUGGCGGGAUUCGCGAUGGAGAAAGACCUGGGUGGAGGAGGAGGAAUCAUCUCACUGCACGCGCCCACCUGCCGCUCUCGGACUUGCCGAAUAAUCGACUCGUUAACUCACUGCCAAAGCCUUAGAGCGUUUAUACAUAGAUAUAAUGUAUGCAUACGAGUUUCGUGCGCGUGUCCCAUCGAAGUGCGCGAAACCGACACCGCGCGAUCUCGCCUUUCGACGUUUCUAUCCAUGUAUAUACGAUCUGACGCUGCAAAUCCUAGUCCGACGGAGCCAUAUUAUAGGCGGGUUAAUUACCUUGUUCUUAAGAGAUCAGUGGAAACGUCGCGACGCCGCGCGUGUCUCUCACAAGUAACACUACCCAAGUGUCACACGCCGAUUUUGA